AUGCAUACUCUCGACCCUAACAAGUUGCCAGAUGAUGGACGAAAUAGAAGAAACAAUGAUGACAAUAACAUCAACAACUACGAAAAUGAAGAAACGCCUCUUCUCUCCCACCGAGCCUCCGCUGAUGAAGCAACAUCGUCCGAACAACGACUUUCUAUUCCCAAGAUCAUCGCUCUCACAUGCAUCAACGGCGGUCUUCAAGUCUUCUUCUCUACUAUAAUGGCAAAUCUUGCUCCCUACCUCCAAUCCCUCCACCUCUCCAAAUCCUCCACAGCAGCCAUCAUCAUCUCCAUCCCCCUCUCGGGAGCCUUCAUCGGCCCUCUCAUCGGCGCCCUCAGCGACCGGCUCCGCACGCGUUUCGGCCGUCGAAGACCCAUCAUCCUCCUAGGCGCCAUCGCGACAAUAUUCCUUCUUCUCCUCCUCGCAUGGACAGAAGAAGUCAUGAAUUUCCUCCUACCCAAUAAAAACAAUCAUAAUAACAACAACGACGACGAAGAUAUGAAAACCGCAAUGAAAAUCACGGCAAUCCUUCUUACUUUUGCGUUGAGUAUUUCUAUUCAACCUGUGCAAGCGUGCACGCGAGCUCUCAUGGUGGAUAUUGCUCCGCCGGAGGAACAGAGUCGGGUUUCGGCGUAUGCGAGUCGGAUUCAAGGGGCGAGUGCUAUCGGGAGUUUUUUUGCGAGUUCGUUGUCGUUGAAUCGUUUUCUACCGAGCGGUUUGGGGUGGACGCAGUUUCAGUGUUUGGCUGUGUUGAAUGCGCUGACGUUGGGAAGUACGGUGGGGGUGACUUGUAUGUUUGUGGGGGAAGAGGAUGGGAGGAGGAAGAGGAGGGGGAGGGGGAACGGGGGAGAGGAGGGAAGAAAGGGGAAAUUCUUGAGGGGCGUGAUGGAGUUUUUUCGACGCUUGUGGUGGACGGUGAAGGAUUUGCCGGAGAAGAUUGCACAGGCAUGUAAAGUGCAAGUGGCAAGUUGGAUGGCGUGGUUUCCGUUUUUGUUUUAUAAUACGACGUACAUUGGGGAACUUGUCAACGUCGCCGCCGAAAAGAACCCCCGAGGAGCAGCAGCAGCAGAAGAAGGUGACCAACUCGCCCAAGCCGGCUCCAUAGCAAGUCUCUGCUUCGCCUCCGUCGGCUUCUUUUUCGUCCUCCUCCUCCCCGCCAUCCUCCCCUCUCUCAGCCGACUUUUUCGCAGAAGAUACCAACAACAAUCCCAUUCCCCAACCACCACCAUCCGCUCCAACACCACAGCGAGUGAAAACGACCUCAUCUACCUCUGGCUCUUCACCCAACCCCUCCUCGGAAUCCUCCUCCUUCUAACCCUCUUCGUCAAGCACCAAUGGCAAGGAACUAUUCUGAUUGCCCUGGGGGGUUUACCCUGGUCUGUUACACAAUGGGUUCCUUGGGCGGUGAUUGGAUUUGAGACGGCCAAGUUGGGUUUUGCUUCGAAUUCUACUGAUCAUUGCAAUAAUCACAAUCAUAACAACCAUCAUGAAGACGAAGACGAAGAUGAUGACGAUGAAGAAGAAGAAGAAGGAGGAGGAAAAGAUAGUCAAUCCGGUGCAAUCUUAGGAGUACAUAAUAUAGCGAUUUCUUUACCUCAGGUAAUUUCCGGGUUGGUGAGUAGUGUGACGUAUCGAAUUGCCGAGGAGGCGGGGAGUCAAGUUCCCACGGCGUGGGUGUUGGCUUCGAGUGGAUUUGCGGCGUUUGGAGCGGCGGUUUUGGCGAGGAGGAUGGUGGAGAGGGGGUGA